UGUUGCUCCCUCGCGCAGUAGCGAACAACGUUCGAGGCGCGCGUUCGACUCGUGGGACGUAUCGGUUUAUUAUUGAUGCAAAACUUCCACGAUGGUUGAUCACAACGAGAAAUUGUUGCAAGAGUUGCUAAAGAAACCCGGGAAUAAUGUGUGUGCUGAUUGUGGAAGCGAGGAUCCCGACUGGGCCUCAUACAACCUGGGGAUAUUCAUCUGCAUGCGGUGUGCGAGCAUCCACCGCGGCAUGGGUGCACACAUCAGCAAAGUGAAACAUCUAGAACUGGACCGAUGGGAGGACUCCCAAGUACAGCGUAUGAAGGAGGUCGGCAACAUAGCUGCGAAGAACAAAUAUGAGGAGCGAGUACCACCGUGCUAUAGACGACCGACGAAAAAUGAUCCACAAGUUUUGAUCGAGCAAUGGAUUCGUGCAAAGUAUCAGCGCGAAGAGUUCUGUCACCCAGAGCGCCAAAACUACCUCUCUGGCUCCAUGGAAGGGUUUCUCAUGAAGAGAGGCAAAGAAGACAGCCGAUAUCAGCUCAGAAAGUUUGUCCUUAACGAAAACGAGGAUACUUUAAAGUAUCACCACCCUUCUGACGGCUGUGGCCGUGCCUCGGGUUGUCUCGGUCGGAUUUUCGAACGUCUCCGACUCAAAAACUUGUGUCGUUUGAGGUACCACGUAAAGGAAAACAAAGAGCCUAAAGGCGUCCUAAAGCUGUCGGAACUGAAUGUUUCUUUCGCGCCCGCUAAAAUGGGUCACAUGAACUCCAUGCAACUGACCUUUAUGAAGGACGGAUCUACGAGACACAUCUACGUUUACCACGACGACCCAGAGGUUAUAAACGGAUGGUACACAUCAAUACGUUGCGCGAAGCUCCACCUACUCCAAGUGGCGUUUCCAUCAACACCGCAGUCGGAUCUCAUACUCCGUCUGCCGAAGGACUUCGCGCGCGAAGGCUGGCUGUGGAAGACUGGCCCCAGGCCGUCCGACGUGCACCGGCGGCGCUGGUUCACCCUCGACAACAGGAAGCUGAUGUACCACGAUGAACCACUGGACGCUUACCCCAAAGGCGAAAUAUUUAUUGGCCACGAAUCCAGCGGCUACCAUAUCAAAGUGUCAAACACAGGCAACGGUUGCAAGGAGGCGCGGUUUCCCUUCCACCUCGUAACGCCGGAGCGGACGUUCUGCCUCGCCGCCAGCACACACGAGGACAGAGCCGGCUGGCUCGCGGUCAUACAGCAGACCCUUAAGAGACAGCUAACACCACAAGAGUCAACAAUUGAAGCUACCCUAGUACGCAAACGCACAACAUCAAAUUCCAUCAGCAUAUUCUCAGGAAGGUAGUUUAAUUUUUAAAACUUACUUUUUAAGCUUAAAGCUUCGGUCAAACAGGAAAUAUCCGUGUUGGAUGCGGGAUACGAAUUGUCUGAAAACAAGCUCUUGGCGUUAGCGUCUCACUUCCCGCAUCCCGCGCGGAAUUCGCUUGUUUGACUAAUAGCUCCAAUCACAUCGUAAUUUGUAACUUUAAAAUAUUUCGAUUGCGUUAUAUUUUAUAUAUCUAUAUUUUAUAUUUUCGAUCGCAAAUUAAAUUAUGUUAAAAAGAUGAUUAUUUUACCCACAGACGUAUUUUUAGAAUAUUAUAUUUGUAAAUAAAUUGUUUCAUUUUAAUAUCAUGAUAAUAUUUUUUAUUAUUAAUUAUUUUAAUUAUUUAAUUCUGUUGAUUAUAAGUUUACUGUAAGAUUUAUUUGUUAGUCAAUCGUAAGUUGUAAAUAAUUUAUUUUAUAAUUGAUUAAUUUUAUUUUAUAAUUGAUUAAUUUUAUUUAAUAAUAAUAACAGUGAAGGGACUGAAUCUGUAAUUUAUACAUAAAUUAUUGUUAUUUUUAGGUUUCUAACACAAAGUUGUGUUUGUAAGUAAGUAGUACACUUUCUUCAUAAAAUAUACAGGUAAUCAAAAAACAAAUGUUUUUAAAUCCAAGUUGUACGCACAAGAAAUCAACAUUUUACCUUUAUAUUUUGCUUUUUUAGGAAAUUUCACAUAUUAAAAAAUGCUAUUUGAAAUACGUAUAUGCAAAUCAGCAAAUCUAGCGGGAUAGAUGCUACAAUGGGACAUAUUUAAUGAAAAUCGCACAGUGUAGUAUGGCUGAGAGGUAGAACUCGUUAGUUAUUUUUGCUAUCCAGAGAAUGAUCAAGGUAAAGUGACAGUGGGCAGGCCAUGUCUUUCGCAGAAGCAAUGGCCAUGGUGUUAGCAUUUUCUGGAUUGGAGAUCCCCUAUCGGUAAGCGCAGUGUGGGACGACUCCAGCUCGCUGGACCGACGACCAUACUUUAUUUAUUUAUUUAUAUAUUUGUCUACGCUGAAGAGAAUGUUCCGCUCUCGGAAUUUCGCUUAGCCUAAAUUUCAGUUAGAUUCGUAGAAAAAGUUUUCUUGAGAAAUAAUCUAUUGCUCUCUCGUUCGUAUGGAAAAGACAUUGUACAGGGAAUUCGUAUAGUUAAAUUAUUGGUACGUAAAAACGUAACUUACUAUAAAUAUCUUAUAUUAUGCUUUAGUGUUUUAAGCAAUAUAAUUGUAGAAGUAACAUACCUAUGCCUAAGACGUGUAGUGUAACUAUAAUUGAAUAAAGAAAUGGUAGAUUUUGUACGAAAUACGUGGUAGAAAAUUAAUUAUGUAACUGAAAUCAUUAUACUUAUCAUGUGACACAUUAUAACAUGAAAAUUAAAAUUAUGGCCCUAGUGCGUUAAAUAUAAGUUUAUAGUAAUAAACCGUAAGCAUUAGUACGAGUUUGCAAAUCUCAACGACGAGUAUCAAAACUCUAUAACCACAGUAAAAUGGGCUUAAAAUAUCUUGUUUUAAAUUCGUUAACUCAAUACUGCCAGUGUUUAUUAUGCAGUUUCCGCAGUCUCGGUAAGCACCUAGACUAGACUUAUCGACAAACUUGAACUUUAAAACAAAUUGUUAUCCGCAAUGAUAAAUAAUCCAUAGUUUUAUUAUUACCAAAUGGAAACGUGUACCUAGGUAUUAAUAAUAUCCUAAAAGAAAUAGAAAUCGGAAAAUAUUUUAAUGGAACGUAAGUAGGUAUUUUUGUAGAAAAAGCAUUUAUGCCUCCGGGGCAUGUUAUAAACCCGGGCAGGUCAUGUUACCGCGCGGGCCAUUUAUUAUAAAUCUUCUGAACUUAUAAGUAAUAAUAGAUUAUUUUGACUAUUAAUUACUAGAAAUAUUAUGAUAGUGUCUAUUGUCUAAGCCUCUAAGGCGAAAUUGCCCUUUCUUUUAAUAAAGUGCUCGCUUUUAUUGAUUUUAUUA